AUUUUUUAAUAACGAUUGUGUAUUGUUAUCUAAUUAUAUACUUGCAAAGAUUAAUAUUUAUGUUUACCCCGAAGAAGUACGAAUAUUUGCGAGACUUUCGUUUAGCGCAAACUGCUCAUUUCCGAUUUUUGCUAGACAUUUUUAGAGUUUUGCUUAUUUUCUUCAGAUAAAUAAUUAAAUCGUCUAUCGAAGAUUUCUGGAGACAUUGAACUUCUCCUGCCCCCGAAUUGCCUUUUCUAUUAACAUCAUGCUAUCCACAAAUUGGAUUGGUCGAUUUUAACUGUGGACUUCUUUAAUUUUGAAAAAUAUUUUCCUCUACCGACGUUAAAUCUAGAUUUUGGAAGUUUGUGUCAUCAAACGCCUUAAUUAUUUUUUCAGACUAUCAUGGACCAUUUCUGUUUUCGUUGGCUUGUAGAUUUCUAGAAAGAAUGAUUCCAGAGAAAUAGUUUACAUCUAGCUUUUAACUAUGCGAAAGCCUAAAAAACAGAUGGAAAUCCAGCAAUUUUACGUUAGUUUUUCUCCUUAAUUUUAUGUUUAACAGUUAUCACCCUCACCUACUAUGGCUGACUGAAGAAAAUUCAAUGGUCUGUUGCACUUUCACACUAUGCAUGAUCAUCUUCGAUUAUUGAUUGCUAUUUCACGUUUGACUUAAUAUGUAUGCCAUACCUGUCCUAUUGUACAGCUAUAGAUAACGAGUAAAUAAGGUGUAUGUUAAUAAGGUAUAUAUAUUCAAUGUCGUUUAACAUGGAUCUUCAUUUGGGAUGGAUAAACAAAUUUUCGUUUGUGUGACCAUUUUUGCGUCAUAGAUUGAGUUGAUGUGGGUUAGUUUAGAGUUAGAGUAAGGUCAUAUUAGGUAAGAUUAGGGACGGGUUAAGUUAGGUUAGAUUUAAAGUUAGGUUACGUUAUGUACAGUAAGAGACGUGUUUGGUUGGGUAGAGUUUGUGUUAGAGACGAGUUAGGUUAGGUAGUGUUAAUUCUACGAAGCUCCUUUGCCAAGAGUCAUAUAAUAAGGAACCCCAUUCUUUGUAAUGAAUACUUUGAAUAGUCCAUUAUAUUUAGUGGUCUAUUGACCAAAUUACUUCUUUCGAUUACUUAAUCUUUCUAUGUAAGGUUUGGGUUAAAUGAAAAAGUUAGUGUGAUGAGCGGGAUAUGAAUCCACAACCUUCAGCUAAAUACGCCGCUGCUCUAACCACUUAAGCUAUCAUGACUAUAUUGUGUAGUGAUUGUACUAAAUAUUUGACUAAGAAUUCUGACCCCCUUCCACAUGCACUACUUGAAAUCCUAAAUAAUAAUGCAAAUGUAAACAGGCUUGAGCCUUUUUAUAUGUAGUUUUUGAAUAUGCCAUUCAUAAUGUGAUGAUGUAGCUAAUGGUCGGAAGGUUGGUGUGGCUGGAGGUGACGGGCUACCUAUGCUCGGCAAGUGAACCCUGUUCUUGAUGUAUAAGAUUGUUCUCAACCAAUGCAGAACUGAAAUCAAUAUUACAAACAGCUAGUCAACAUAUUGUUUUUUAACAUGGAAAUAUUUUUGGCCUAGAUACACAGUUUUUCCUUUAAUCAAUUUUGCAUUACCAAUUGUAGAGUUAGGUUAGGUAGGGUUAGAGGCAGGUCAGGAUUAGAUACGGUUAGGUUAAGUAAGAUAUAGUUAGGGUUAGAAUUAGGGAGGCAUUGGGUCAGGCUUUUGUUUUUGUUUUAUGUUGUUACAACAGAGCUAAAGUAUUGCAUGUAACUUUCUUGUCUUUAUGAAUUUUGUAUUACAACAUUUUACUACUGGAGAAGCAAUCACACUUCUCACUCACAUUCAAUAGGGAGGAAACUGUGAGGCCAUUGGGGCUUAAAUGCCUUAGAGGAUGAAAAGGCGAGGAUUAGAGGGUUGUGAUGACGGACCAGAGUUUUAUGCAUCAAUAUGACACUGAGUGGGACAAAUGGGAUCUGAGGUCUGUGAGGUUACAAUUGGAUACAAUACAUAGAAGCUUUGGGCAAUGGUUCAAAGGAUUGUGGACUGGAUUGGAUUAUUUGGAGUUUGGAAUGCUUUAAACCCCACAGUUCAAUUAAAUCUUUCAGCAAUGUAAAGUCCCAAAUAGUGGAUGAAAUUGGUUGGUGGGAGAGGAACAGAGUUAUAGUAAAUUAGAGGAGAGGUGGGAAAGUUAUUUACUGGGAUUUGGUUUUGUUCAAUCUGAUAUUUAAUUUCGUGAACCAUUCGAACCAGGUUAGGAUUAGGGUUAGGCUUAAGUUAUAUUAAGUAGGAUUAAUUCUGCCAAGCUCCUCAAGAGUCGAAAGUUCAGUUGUAAGCUAUGUUUGAAUUUGAAUAUUUUGCUUGUUUCGUUAUUAUUUUUAGGCUAAGUUGUAUGGAUUUAUAUUUUGAAUACAUGCAAUAGAAUUAGGUUGUACAAAGUUUAUUAUCCACUCCCAAAAACCAAAUGAUUCAGGGCUCAACUUGCACAUUUACAAGAAGAAAAGGAAAACCUAAGUACAAUAGGCAAUUUGACGACAGUUCAGACUGUAAAAAUUAAAGAUAAAGAUUUUAAAAAAAGACUUCUUCUUCUUCUUGAGCAAAAGGCAGGCUUUUAGACAAAGCUGGAGAAGGAUGUAAGAUCGGCACGCAGUGAUUUAAGGGAGACGAGGUCACAAUUGUUAAAAGCAGACCAUGAGUUGCUAUUACUAAGGGCAAAAAAGAAAUCUGGAUCAAAAGGAAACCAACACAUAAGCCAUGAUUUAAUCAAACGAAUGAGCUUACUAGAAACUAAACUGAGCAUUGCUCACAUAGAACUGAAUAAAGUUAUGACGAAAAAUGGAAGGCUACGAGAGGAAAUAGAACAUCUACUUAAGGAAAGAUGUCGGUUUAAAAAGCUUCUAGAUGACCAGUUAAAACUGUUGAAAGCUGGUAAAAAAUCUAUGUUAGACAUGAUAGAACAAUCAUCUAUCGCUUUCGAACACAGAGAAGAGUCCCAAGCAAAAUUGGAUGCCCUCAAUGAGAAAAGCAUAUCGCUCAAAGAAACGCAUACACAGCAAAUGAGAGAUUUGGAUAGACUUCUUUACACGGAUACAGAAAGGGUGCAAUUUUUAACCAUAAAAGGCCAAUACAGAAUGAGUACAGACCAAAAUUCAAAAAAAGAAGCCGGUGGUUUAAUAAGAAAACAGGAUAUAGAGAAUUUAAGAAGUAUUUAUAACACCGUCCUUCUCGGCAUCUCCCCAUACACGGAAGGUGAAGAAAAAAUAGACUCAAUAUGCGAAGCCUUCAAAACAAACGAGGAUGAAAAUUUUGCAAUAUUCAAUUAUGUCAAUGAAGUAAACUGUGAGGCUGAGAGCUUGCAUGAUGCAGCUAAAGUUGUUAAAAAAAAGAUAGAAAAGGAAAGAGCUUUGAAGGUAGAGAGAGUGGCCCAGCAGUCUGAAGACGUACGAACACUGGGAAUGGAACUGGCUAAGGUUCAAGAGGAAAUAGAUGAGCUGGAAGUAAGGAAAAACAGAGUCGCAAACCAUCUGUCUAUUGUGACAAGCCAAUUAAAUGGAAUUGUAUCCAAAGUUCAGUGCCAUUCGUCUCCUUUUUACAACUUGCUAGGUGACAAUACAUGUGUUAAUCUUAACAACGUCCAUUUGUUUCUUCUCGUCUUGGAAAAACAAAUUAUGCGUAUUAUGAAAAGAAUCAUGGACAGGGAGAAAUGCCUUACAUUAGAGGAACAACUUGCAUCAAAAGAUUCAAUAAGUAAAGCCUCAUUACGGAAGCAUAAGUUACGCCUGAGUCGUAAAAAAUUAAUCACUUCUCCGAUUCCAGAAUAAUAUCUUU